ACAUGAGCAGCAGGUGGAAAACUCUCCUUUGAACAAGUGUGUAUCUCGUUUGCGUCUUUAGCUUGAAUCAUUUCAAAGUGGAAAUGCUGCACGAAAUCCGCCAGGUGCUGCGGCUCGUCAUGUUAAUGAGCAAGCAGGGACAGAGGCACGGUUCAAGGAGUACCGGAGGCCUCCUCAUCGUCGUGUGGGAUGAAGCUGGAGCUCAAAGGUUAAACUGUACCGUUGCAGCUGCUGGAUCCUGGUGUUCAGGCAUUGAAAUGAAAGCUCUUCAGCUUGAUCUGAAGGACAGCAUGUUCGCCGGUGUGUCUCCAAGUCUGCAUCCUGACCCUGAAGAUCUGAUUCCCUUCUCAGAUCUCUAUGGCUCGCUCAGAUUCCUACUGUCUUUUCAGAUGAAAGAUGUAAGGCCUUCAGAUUGGCUGUCAGAUGUUGAAGCAGUUCUUCGGGCAUUCUGCUUGGCUAAUGCGGGGAUAAAAAUCCACCUUAAGUUGAAAUUUGCUCAGCAGACGUUUGAACGUGACUUCAGAGCUAAAAUAAAGGCUAAAGUAUCAGGUGUGGACCACCCAUCUCUCCUCUUAGAUGUUUCUUGUCCUGCAGAAAAGCGAUGGUUUCUCCCCAAACCUCACGGAUCGGUGAAGAAGGCAAGCUGGUGUCAGGGAGGUCAUCCUGUGGACGGGGGCAGGCUGCCACUCAGUAUCCCACCCCAGGCCAUGGAUGGAGGGCUGUUGGGGGAUCUCUGUGUUCGUCUGGUGACGCUCCUGCAUCCGUGCGUCCUGCAAUACCCCAACUUGCCCACAGAGUUGAAAAGCAUCGAAGUGUUGGUAUACAACCCCUGUAAUAUUCCCGUGUCAGGCUCCACUGGCUUCUUCCAAACUCUCCCUUCUUCCCUGGACUGUCAGCACCUGGGUCUCCAUGGACUGCAAUGCCCCGCCCACAAAGGCCACAGAGUUGGUGCUGUGUACACCACUGAGCAAUGGGAUGAUGAAGAGCAAGAACCCAAUCACCUACCAGUUCAGCAGAAUCUCCUGGUCUUCCUCCUCUUCCAGCACAGAGACCCCUUCUGCUCCCACCUCUCUGAUUUUAUAGCUGCAGACAUGCUGAUAGAGCACCACCUGGAGGAAAUUCUGAACAGCAACAAGCCGGCCGUCACGGCAGCUAUACGGACGGAAAUUGGGAACACCAUGAAAACUCAAAAUCGCAGGAAAAAGCAACAAGAGAAGCUCAAUUCAGCUGCUGAGGUGAUUCUCGGUUCCACCUUAAGCAUUGUGAGCUGCAGCAGCAACAUGGACUUCAGAAAUGCCUGCUUCAACCUCAUGAAGGUAACCGACAGUCAUGCGUUGUCAUCCCGCCUCAGUGAGUCACUCCGGGGAGUGAUGUCAUGGAGAUUCCUCCCCGUGAGCAGAUGUUAUUCCACUCAGAUGGAGGAAAAUCUUUUACGCAAUGAGUCUACAAAGUCGGAAAUCUGAGGGUGUCUGUUUUUUUGUUUUUGUUUUUUUAAGUUUUUUGGGGAACUUCAGACAUGUUUUUUUUCAGUUAACUUAAACUUACCCUAACAUUUAAGUACAUUGUUAAUCCAAUAGUUUGACCACUAUUUGUGUGAUUUUUGGAAAAGAAAAUGUGAAAGUGUUGCGGUUUCAAUGUCCAAAACUACCUGCAAUUUAUUUAGUCUAAAUUGUUAUGUAUAAUUUACCUUGAAUAAACAAAGUGGUGUGAAAAAAAAA